GAUAUGUUUCUGUCAUGGCGCGGUGCACAAACGAAACACGACAACCUGCCGGUGGAAUAUUCUAGUUUGUGUGUCUUACAAGGUAGUUUUGGAGUUGAUCGUACAGUUAUUGAUGUCUGUAUGUGACGGGGGUCGACAGGUACUACGUACAAGCUAGAUUCAAUCCAGAUUCAGUUUUGAGCCGUACAAUGUCCGGAGGAAAUAAAGCCAUUGAACUGCAGUUACAAAUGCGUCAAAAUGCGGAGGAGCUGCACGAUUUUAUGAAAGAACUUGACAGCUGGGAGACCGACAUCAAGAAGAAAGACGACCAAUUAAGAACUGGAGGCGCUGGCGAACCGCGACAGCAAAAUUUACCUCCCAUUCGGAAUAAGGAUUUUCGACAGAAGAAGAAGGAGAAUAAGAAGAUGGCAAGCAACAACACUAAUAGCCAGCAGAAGCAGUCCAGAAUAAGGUCUUAUGACUACCAGUCCUGGGACAAAUUCGAUGUGGACAAGGCGCUGGAGUCCAUGGACAAGGAGGAGAGCCCUGAUUCUGAGUCUGAGCCAGAGGAGACCGGGGGCCCUGUGGACCGAGAGUGUGCACUAACAGAGAAAGAGAAAGGCAAUCGGCUUUUUAAGGAGGGGCAAUAUGACGAAGCGAUCGAGUGCUACACCGCGGGCAUGAAUGCUGACCCCUCCAAUCCGGUGUUGCCCACAAACCGAGCCACGUGUUUCUUCAGACUCAAAAAGUACGCCGUCGCUGAGUCCGACUGCAACCUGGCCAUCGCCCUGGACAGGAACUACGCCAAGGCCUACGCCCAUCGAGGGGCCGCCCGCUUCGCCCUCUGCCGUCUGGAGUCCGCCCUCCAGGAUUACGAGACGGUGUUGAAGCUGGACCCCGACAACCUGGAGGCCAAGAACGAAGUGAGGAAGAUAAAGGAGGCUCUUUCCCAGCGUGGCCCGAAAAUGGACGGAGAAGAGACGGACAAAAAGAAGCUCUCAGAAGCAGGCGACGGGAAGGUCAAAGAGCAGCAAGUUCGACAGCUGGCCGUCGUGCAGAAAGACCUUGGAAAUGGCUACUUUAAAGAGGGCAGGUACGAGGUGGCUGUAGAGUGUUAUUCCAAAGGCAUGGAGGCCGAUGCCACCAACGCCCUCCUGCCUGCGAACAGGGCCAUGGCUUUCCUGAAGCUUCAGAGGUAUGCGGAGGCAGAGGAGGACUGCAGCAGGGCCAUAGCUCUGGAUGCCACCUACACCAAGGCCUUCGCUCGGAGAGGCACUGCCAGAGCAGCCCUGGGGAAAAUGAGGGAGGCCAGGCAGGAUUUUGAGCAAGUCUUGAAACUUGAGCCAGGAAACAAGCAAGCAAUGGACGAACUUAAGAAAAUCUCAGCCGUAUGUAUGGACGCUGCUGCCCGUGGAUUGACCUCUGACCCUCCGGCGCUCGGUGAGCAGAGUCUGAGGAGGACGGUCCAGCCUGUCGAUAAACCCCUGCAUCUCAGAUCCACCAAGCCUUUGAGGAGAAUAGAGAUUGGAGAAGUUGGGGGGGACCCCCCGGUUUUGGCGAGCCCCCCUUCCCGCUCUCCGGACAGAGGGGCUGCGGGCGACGAUGGGAAAGGCCCGUCGCCUCUGCUGGGCUCCCCCUGCGCCAAGAUCCAGAAGAUAGAGGAGAUCUCCGACUCUCCCGCACAACCCCCAAGCGAGAGUCCACAUAGAGGCGGCAAGGACGCUCAACCAAUGAGGCGCAAGGAAGACCUCACCAGUCAGCAAGCCCCGCCCCCUUCCGCGUCUGAACCACUUGCCGUUCCCGCCCUCCCGGUAAACAGCUUCCAGCUGGAGGCGGACUUACGGAAGCUGAAGAAUCACCCCGAGACCAUGUACAAGUACUUAAAGCAAAUCGAACCGGACAAGUACCCCAAGGUUUUCCAGAACUCUCUGGAACCACACAUCCUAAAUCAGAUUCUGUGGAUUUUUAAAAGCUUCUACAUCAAGUUUGAAGCGCCGUCUCUCAUCCUGGAGGCUCUGAGAAGCCUGGCGACCGUGAGGAGGUUCGACAUGGCCGUCAUGUUCAUGUCCGCCGCUGAGAAGAAAGUUUUACAAGAAUUAUUUGAUUGUCUCUGCCAUGCCGGCUUGGAGGAUGAAUCUACCCGAGCCCUGCAGAAGAAGUACGAGGUGUGACCGUCUCGUUCACGAGAAGCAAGCAACAAGAUGUCAUCUUGGCCCUUGGAGACGUUUGUUUCUUACAGUAAAGAAAAAGAUGAAAUGUAUUAUUGCUAGGGCAGCUGCAGCCCGGUUGAGCUCUCCAGACUCUUCCACUCAGAACAGCUGGGCCGCGAGCCAAAGCGUUUCUCCUGCCUCAGGUGUCUGUGCUCAGGGUGAAACGGUUCCCUUCUCUGAAGCAGCGGCCUAGCGGCUCUGUAUGCAUGGCAUUUCAGUUACGUCUGCGUUCCAGAGCCGUGGAAGGCCCCGGAAUGGAGAACCCACGACUGUAUGUAAUAAAACGCAUCCGUUUACGCUGUCUCAUGGUAUGAAUUAUCAUUCAAUUAUGUUGUAAUCCUCUUAUUGCCCGAGUCUGCCUGUCUGGAAGUCAAAAUAAAUGUCAACUUCUGUCA